CGCUCCUCACUCACAGUCUGCAUCCGCUUCCAUCCCCUAACCAAGAGCGACUCAUCUCCCACAACCACAACCACACCAGCUCAAACCCACCCACCAGACAUCCAAGCACUCGAGAGAUGUCUCCACUAGGCAAUGACGGGAAAGGGAAUGCCGGCGGGGGCGAGAAGACCGCUAUGACUAAAGGUGAUUCGGCGCGCAUCCAAUCCGCUCAGGCUAAGAGCGGCAACGAUCUGGGAUUCGCGCGGCGCGCGCAGUCUGCGGCGGACAAGAGUGCGAACCAGGCCGCUGGCCAGGGAACGAAGAAGUAGUGGGGAUAGGGCGACUAUGAGGGAGAGGGGUAUGGUUUGACGUAGAUGGAGUGCGUUGGGAUGAAGGCCUGAGGGGGGAGGGAUUUAGAUUUCUUUUGUUCUGGUAGGCCGAGGGGACGCGAUUAGGGGGUGCUUGUUCAACACAAAAGAGGUUUUGACAUUCGGGAAUUCCAGUCUUCUUACCCAUGUACACUCCUUCAAAUCGAGCUUCUGCAGAACUCAUCUCAUGUUUUUUGCUCGUAGAUUUGUCGUGGUGCUAAGA